AUGGCGACGGAACCCCAACCAGAUGAAAAAUAUGUACAUAUUGUUGUAAGUACUGUGAACAAUCAGGAUCUAUUUACAUGGAAGCGUAUAAAAUCACUGUGCACUCUUGAAAAUAGUCUAAUCUAUUUAAAAAAUGUUCCUAGCUUGUGUAUUUCAAAUUCAGGAAUCUGUUGCAGACCCUGGAUUUUACCUAACUAUAUAGCAGCUUUGCAUAACAGAAAAAAUUGUUUGAAUAUUCAGGAAAGUCACGUUAAUAAAACCAAAGGCAUUCUAGAAAGAUGUGCACAGUAUUUUCACAGUAAUGAACUUUACAUGAGAUGUUUUCGAAAAAGGGAUUGUGAAGUUCCUUUGGAGUGCUUAAAAUUUGAUGCUGUGUAUAACAUAUUAAAUUUUUUAACUAGCGUUUCAUUCCAUCCUCCAGAAUUUAUAUUUGAUGAGUAUUUGUUAAGAGAUACUUGGCUUAUGGGUAUGGGAAUUGUGUUCAUAUUCAUCUGUAUAUGGAUAUAUACAGCCUCAUUCUUCUUAACGAUCAUGACAAUAAUUGCUAUUGUAUUCACAAUGGCUAUCACUUAUUUUUUAUACGAUGUUGUAUAUGAAAUUUCUUUCUUUCCAUUUAUGAAUAUGUUGACACUAGUUAUAUGCAUUGGUAUUGGAGCAGAUGAUACUUUUAUAUUUUGUAAAAUUUGGCAAGUCAACAAAAAAGAUUAGGCUAAUGAAAAUAAUAUUUCUGUAAUUAUGUCCAAAACUUGUUAUCAUGCCUUUACGUCAAUGUUUGUAUCAAUGUUGACAACUGCCGUAGCUUUUUCGGGAUCUUAUGUCAGUUGUGUAACAGCAAUUAAUUGUUUUAGGUACUUGCUACUAAAUAAGGAAUUGAAAUCAGUUGAUAAUCCAUCAGAUUUAGGUGUAGUAGAAUAUGAUUUGAAUUUUGAUAUGGCUGGGUCCCAGGAAUGGCUGAGAAAUUUUUGUUUGAACUUUAGACAACAGUAAUUCUAUCAGCCUGUAAUAGGUAUUUCUUUAACUAGUUGUUUCAUCGAGACUUUUGCGAAGAGUAUGACCAGGAAAUGUAUAGAUGACUUUACGCAGAGAGAUCGUUCUCCAUGUUGUGACGUUUCCGAGUUCCCUUUUAACGGAACGGUAUUUAAUACGUGCAUAAUGGAUGAGAUGGCUGAGGUAUACGGUGGACCUCCAGAUAUAAUAUAUUCAAAAACAUCCGGUGUUAUGUUUUCCAAGGAGAAUGUACCAACAAUAAAAGCUGUUGUUGUCGAAUUUGACAGCAACAUUAGUUUUUCUCUGUCGUAUGAGGAAGUUAAACAAUUUUAUAACACCGUAGAUUCGUGGACAAAAGAAGAGUUGAGUACUGCACCAGCCUCCACGAAAAAUGGAUUUUUUGUCAGUGACUUGCAUUUCUAUGAUCUACAAAAACAAAAUGAACUAGGCAGAAGUACAAAGAUUUCUAUAUUUGUAUCCAUGGUACUGGCAGCUGCAGUUUUAUUUAUAUCUACACUGAAUCCCCUUAUUAGCAUCCUCGCUAUAAUUACUAUCACUUUUAGUAUAAUUAUAACAAUAGCAGGCCUGGUUUUAUGUGGAUGGACACUGAAUAUCCUUGAAUCCGUCACCGUGUCUACCGCCAUAUGUUUAGCGGCGGAUUUCAGCUUGCAUUACUCAGUAAACUACAAAUUGUGUCCACCAAAUAAAGCAAAGAACAGAGAGGAAGCCACUGUCUAUGCAUUAUCUCAUCUCAUGGGACCUUGUUUUAUGGCUGCGUUGACAACAGCUGCUGCCGGAUUUUUUAUGAUGUUUUCCCUGAUAUUGCCGUAUUACCAAAUCGGUUUGUUUAUGAUCCUCGUAAUGGUCGUCAGCUGGAUCUACGCCACUUUUUUCUUGGGUGCUCUAUUUGCUACAGUGGGUCCAAUUAAGAACACCUGUCAAUAUACUUACAAAUAA